AUGACAAGCACGACUUUUAUAGGUUUACUUAGCCGCAUUGUUGCAUCUGGGGAGUUCAAAUCCUUACACGAAUAUUUAGCAACCUUUUUUGAGUCGAGUUACCGAAAUAGCUGCGAAGAAAACACAGCGUUUUGUUGUGAACUCAUCGAACUGCAUGGUAAGCUUCAAGGGCAGCUGUUUCACCUUCUGGAAUUGUGUUGUUCUGAAGGGGGAAUUUAUGGAGGAACCGAAGCGUUGAAAAAAAGACUUCUACCUUGGCUUCGCAGUGGGUUUCUUACUUCAAGAGUCAACGUUGAAGAUGUAGAAACAGUGAAAGAAAAAUACGAACUUAUCGUAAAGGAAAUGGAGGAGGAACUGAGAGUCUCUAAAGUUGAAGAAGCGGAGCUUAAAAUUAAGUAAGUCCUUUCAGUAAAAUGAUUCGGGUUUUCUGCAAGUUAAAUCAACGAAAACUAUACAAACAUUGUAAAUAGUGCGAUUUAUUAUUUUCUAUACUACAAAGUUUUGCCACUGCCUCCAUUCAUAUUAAUUUACGAGAACCGGUAAUAAAUGUUUCUUUUUACUAUAAUUUUUGCCUUAGUAUAUGCAGGCUGAAAGUUUGAAAAGCACUUAUCAUAAUUUGUAAAUUAAAAUUAGAAAUACAGUACAUAUAUAUGAAUGCAAAAAGAUGCUGUCAACAGGGACGUUGUCAAUAUACAUUUCAUGACUAAAUAUUCAACUUUAUAUUUUUUGUUUAUCAAAUUCUAGGCUAGCAGAUGCAGAAGACGAAAUUCGAGCUCUGCGAAAGCAGUUGAAGGAAAAUCAAAGAGGAAACUAUCAAGAAAUUGACGAAAUGGGAAAAGAGUUAGUAAUGAUAAGUGUAUGAUAAGCCUGGUAAAAUAAAUAAUUAUCUAGACGAACAAAUAAUGAAUCCCUGAGCCGGACAGGUAUAAGGAUGCUCUUUAAAGUGUCACGCUGCUUUUGUUGAAGUUAAUUUUAAGUUGCCUAGCAACUAGUGGGGUAAGCGCUCUUUGUCACAUGACAGCGGCAGUGUGUCGGCAAGAGAUGCAAAUGCCUGAAAGCUCGAUUUUGAAACAAAAUCAUCGUUUAAUAGGUUCAAAGAAGCAUUGGAGUUUUUGCAUUGACACGAGUGAUAGGUGAAAGCGACUUUUCCAAAAUUUUCGUUGUAAGAAAAUGAUGUAUCUGCUGCGAAAGGUGAAAUCUUCCUUUGUAGGUUUUUGAAGAUCAAUGAGUAAUUUCAAAGUCGCUGUAUAAAAAGCGUUAAUCCGAUCUGGUGUCGUUAAAUUUAAGGUUAAGCCAUGCGAAGAACGAACUAGUGGCCAGAGAAUGCCAGAUAAAAGAGCUAACUAAAGAAACUAUUGAACUGAAGAGAGAGAACUCUGAGCUACACGGAAGGCAAGUAUUUCAGAGGGAGGAAGGACGGGGUAGGAGCUCUCGAAAAAUGCCGAGAAGUGGGAGUUCUAAUAAAGUGGGAAGUGGAAGAAACAAAGGGAAAAUGGCGCCCCAAGACAGAAAGGACCUAAACGGAGGAACCGAAGAUAAAAGAAAUAAGGGUCGGGAGCUGGAAAUGGAGGAAACGGGAGGCGGGGGGACCCCCUUGUCCUCCCCCGCCAACUUAUUUCAGAUCUUUUUAAAGUACAUGCCGAUCUUAAUUAACCGAUGACAGAUCGAUCCUCGUCGACAAAUGAGGCAAAAUAUAUAUAAAUCCUUUGAAGCCAGUCAGAAACAAGAUCAGCUCUUACAGCAUAGCCUUAAUUAUUCAGUGCUUGGUGCGUCAGCCUGAAACUCGGACAAUCCGUCUUCAAUUUUCUCUUCACAUUGGUGUUUCGCUCUACCUGUAUUUAAAAAAACUGUGAAACAAAAUCUUUACACACUUCUUUCGUAUUUCUUAUAGGCACGUUCUUUUCAAUUGACUAUAUACUCAAAAAAGAUUGUCGUGUCUUCAGAAUUAACAUAGAUUAAAAAAACUAAACGCAGUGAAUAUGAAACAACAACAGAAACACCGCGAACGUGUUAGAAACUUGCUUUAUGGAGGUUAUUAUUAUUAUUAUUUUUGCCCACUGUUAAUGGCAUAUUUUAAUUUUAGACUUCAAAAGAAAAUCCUGGAAGCUGUUUCGGAGCCCGAGCCAGUUCGCCUCGUGACGAAACCACUCUCCGACAGAAUAACUCCGUUUCAGACGCGAUCUACCAAGCUCGUGGAGAGAUUCACAGAUCUCUAUAAAAACGACAGAGUACAAGUUACGGGAGCUUUGAAGGGAAUGCCCGACCGAUCGUCGGCUGAACGAUUGAUGUUCACCGUCGUUGAGGUAAGAUUGUAUAAUGCAUAUGUACAUACCUUUAUGCAAUUGCCAGUCAAAUCACAAUCUCAGAGACAAAAAAAAAUCCCCCUUUCAAAAUGAGGCCAAGCGCACAACCUUUCUUGUGAAAAUGAGUUUUAUUUGCUUGACAAUGAAAAAUGUCAAAAAUCAUUUCCAUAUCAAAGGCUGAGCUCUUAACCUCCUUUUGAUUCAGAGGCCCGGGGGAACUCGGAUAUGGCCUAUUGAUUUCGGACCUCGAGCGUCUUGAAAUUGAUACCUAUAUUCAACCGGUGAAUAACACUAUUGUUACCUGCUACAAAGAUGAUUACUCUACGGAACAGUUACGAUUUAGCCUUCCCUGCUAGCAGAGGCCUCCAGGGAAGACUUAAGCCAUUUACUAGAGGUAAUCAUUGAUUACGGAUCCGCGUUUGUCAGUUAACGGAAAAAUUACGGAAACGAAAUCGAGUCGACAGGAGUCCAGUUUCCCGGCCGAGGUGCCCCUGAUAAAAUUAAUAGGGGCGGCUAAUUUGCAGUCGCCCGUAAAAACUCGAAAAUUUCUGCCUUAGUACCACAGUAACACUAAAUUAAGAUGCGUUCUGAUGAACGCGAUAAGGUAAGGCAUUUUCCCAAAAGCCCUGGGGACGAAGUCACGUUCAUUCACUAAUUAAACACUUCGUCCUUGGAGCCUCGUGGCGCCCCUCGCAUGACUUUUUAAGCGUUUAAGCUUAAAUUGGAUACUGGCUUGGUAACUUGAACUCAGCAGAAUUGACCCUUCAUUGGCAGCUUACUAACAAGUAUCCAAUUCACUUUACAGGAAUGUUUUACAGCUUGCAAAUUGGAACAGCAUAAAAUGAGGUCCCGGAUGAACCAGGCACUGCUGUCUAACAAUCAGGGGACUGGAGACGAGUCAGACAGAGUGAAUGAACUGGUGGAAAACUACUUGAAAAAGAAUACAGAGCUUUACGACAUUGAGAACUUAAUUCCGGUUUGUUUGUCUGUUUGGUUUUUUUUCUCGUAGAUUAGAGAUUAAAAUCUCUAAAAUCUGUUUUGCGUGAGGUGUCAAUGUCUGGUAACCCUAUCCCUUUCGUCAAAUUAUAGGAUGUGAUAAAGUCGCUACAUCGCAACCCUCAAACUUCACCUUUCAUUCCGAGCAACGAGAAACUAAUCAUGCCCUUCAUCCGUGAUGUAUUACGAGUGGCCUGGGCUAUGGUAGCCCUUGAUCCUCCGAUAGACCUCCCCGCAGCUCUGGAGGGUGACGUCAUAAAUGAAACACGUUACAGGAGAACUUUUGACUCGGAGUUUAGUGCAACAACUAUCCAGCACUUUGUAUGGCCAGCUUUGAUCAGGGACAGAAAGGUGAUUUGUAAGGGAGAGGUGGUAACCAAGAGGCUCUCAUCACCAAGGAUACGAAAGGUAUGAAUCAGGGCUUUAUGUAGAACUUGGUGAUUUUAGAACUGGAACUUGGAACUAGUACCGGAGGGUGUUAGCUUAAAUGGGCCCUUUGCACGAAACGAUCACAUGGUACAAAAAAACCUUGCUGGAUGGACAAUGACGCAAAGAAAAACAAAGAGGUUACACCACUCAAAAAGCUAAUAUCCUUUCUUUUCACGGUCACACUGCGUUGUUUGCCAUCCAGCAAGAAGUUUUUUGUACCAUGUGACUGUUUCUUGCAAAGGGCUUAUUGCUGUUGAUUUCUUUAUCUCUUCUGAUCUAGGCAAUCACAAGUACGCCACGGUCAGGCAGUGCAGAGCCAUAUUCCAGACCAUCUUCAAGUUACGAUCUUGGAUUUGGUUCUUUAUCAUCUUCCUGGAGCGGUAACAAAGUGCUUGUUUAAUUCAUGAUAUAACUAGAUCUUUACUAAAUGACUGUAACAGUUCUUCACCAACAUGUUGAUCCGCAAGGUGUCAAUCAAAUUUUUUUUUUUCUUUUACUUUUUUUAAAAUAGCUAAACUACAACACAAACUAACAACAACAAAAUUUAAAAGAAAGUACAAUUCGACUACCCAAAAACGACAAUAGCAAAUGAUCGAACGUUGAUUAUAUACCAUCAGCCAGUUAUAUCUGGUUAAAUACAAGAUUUACAAUUCUUUCGACAUAUUUUUUAGUAUUUGACCGUCACGGAAAAGGGAACAACCCAUAUCAAGAGAUAUAUUAAGAGCUAUCCAUUUUUUAGUGUCCCCUGCUUUUUUCUCUAUAAUAGAUCUUGAAUUAACUAGGCGUAGAAAAUGUGCAAAAUUAGGCGAUAUCUCAUCCAUUUUGGCUUCCCAAAUACACGAAACCGUGCUAACAGGAGAUAGUAGUUUAAUUGACAUGAGUGUUCUGUAGAAUGAGGCGCCGGCCUCAAGCCCAGUGCAGUAAUGUUCAAUAAGUUAAAGAAGGACUAUAAAAGGAAAACUGAUAGGAAGUAUGUGCUCCAAAAAUUUUGGGCGAUAAAUAUUAGCGACAGUUUCACGCGCGAUGUAUGGAGAUGAGGGCCUUCUAGGGGAGAUUUCUGCACAAACAAACUGAACACACACCGAACAUUUACAUUUCGAAAUUUUCGUCGUUAACACAACAAUUCCGCCCCCUCCCCCCGCCAUCACUUUACUUCUUAGCUUCAGUGAAUCUCAUUUCACGGAGUAAGACUUUCUUUGCAAAUAGCUUGUCUUCACCACUUGCUGUUCUAGCAAGAUUGGCUAUACACUAACUCAAAUAAAUCUAUGCAUGUGAUCAAAUUCUUCAAAACUGCGGUGUGAAAAAACAAACCGACUUGACUAUUUCUUUUCUUCUUUAAUUUCUUUAACCGUAGAUCACUCAAGUUAUAAACUCAGGAUCAGUCCAUAAAAGGUACAUGCUAAAAAGAUGUUAGAUCUAUUGUAUUACUAAAGAUUGAACGCGUCUUUUACGAGGCCUUAUAUUGCAAUUGAAAUAACGAUUAAUUACCCACUUGAAUUUCUCCAGACUGGGAACAAAUCCAUUGCUUUACUGAACCACACUCGACAGUAGAUAAAUCCUACAAAAAUUUACAUUUGGGGAAAUGUAUAACAAGCGAACAAACCCGCGGCGCAAGACAAUCUGUGUUUUUUUCUUUAAACAGAUUGAUAAGAAACAGAACUUAUGAGGGCAAACAAAUUGGUCACUCUAAAUUGCACAAUGAAAUAUUGACAGAAUCACAAACAUAAGCGAAUGUUUUUAACCCACCUGACAUCUUAUUGUCAGCUAAUUUCCGUGUUGACAUUUUCCGUUUUUUGUGUGUUUCAUGAAACCAUAUUUACUUUACCAUUCUGACACCAAAUUAAUUAUUUUAAAAAUUAUCAGUUAGCUAAGCUCCACUGUUGUGAUACACUAACCAAAGUUUGAAGGCAAGCUUAAUUACAUCAUAAGCAGUUCCUACUGCCUUGCUUUUAUCUAUAUCUAGCUGUAAAGGUAUUUUUAUUACCUUGAAAACGAAGCCUUAGAAGUGUUUUUGUCUACGCGACUAAUAUGAGUAUGGUAUGGAAACUGGUCUUUUCUAUUCCAUUUAAAGACGGUUUAAAAAGUUAUAGCAGGGAAUCAAUUAAAUCCUUUUUGCAUCGAGUGCUUAAAAACUUUUAAAAGGCAACCUAUUUAAAGUAAUCUAAACUAACAAUCUACGCAGCCAUUAACGCAACAAGUAUCAACACUCACGCCGUGAUUGUAAACAAAAACAAAACUUUGACAUCAACAUGGCAAGUUAAUGUAUAAAAAAAUUACUCGUUUUUCUUUGUAGCAUAAAAGAAUACAGAGACGGGCAUUCCCAAGGAAAGAGGCAAGAAGCAAUGGACUGAUAUAACGAAAUCAUCAUUUAUUUAAAAGAG